GAGAGCAGCUUUUAAAUCUCUCUUCCAUUCCUUUGCUACAAUGUACAGAAUAUAUAUAUAUAUAUAUGGGAAAAUUGUUCUUGGGUUUUAAACGACAAUAGUCCUAAAUACAUGUGGACGACUGACAAGUAUCUAGUGGUUAAUUCGGACCGAGGAGUAGGAGGAAGUGGGAUGUGGAUGAGGAGGGAAACAUGAGGAAAUUCGUACCAUGUCAGAAGCGUGGGGGGUUUGUAGAGCCAUUGCUCCGAUGACACCCACAACCUGGAUAUGCAUUUCCAUUAUCAUCAUCUAUACAGAUCAACACGGAGCGCUUGUCCUACAGAUUUCAGGUAGGAGGAAGAAGUGGACUUUUCUCAACCACUGCGUCCCUUUAUUUGUAGGGCAUCCUGUAAGAAUUAAGGGCUGCUGUGAGUCGCCCGCUGCACUGACAUGUUUAGAGUACCCUGAACACGACGAGGAGGGGUUUUACUACGAUGAGGGCAAUCGCCAAGGUCAACGAAGCAAAGAUACCAAGAAUGGAGGAUAUUCUUAACCUUCCUGUGCAAGAUCCACCUUGUGCAGAAUUUUCGGCAGCUCUUCUGAAUUGGGUCAAGGUGGAAGGUGGUCGUCAAGGUGGUGAUGAUAUUGCUCUCAUACCAUUUUCGAGGGUUGGGGAUUUUGUGAGAGGAGAAUCAACUAAUGCUGAUUGUCCUGCAAGUUUCCGCAUUGAAUCAAGGAGGAAGAGAGCAGAAGGCAGCUUGAGUAGGCCUAGGGUUGAUGGUUAUCUUGAGUAUACCAUAUAUUGGUGCUCAUAUGGUCCAGAGGACUACAGGGAUAGUGAACCUGGGUCAGGUGAUGGUAGUAAUAAUAAACCGUCAUCUGGGAAAGGAAGUAGGCCUGGACGGAGGCAUAUGAUGAGAGGUUGCCUGUGCCAUUUCACAGUAAAGCGCUUAUACACUCGCCCAUCUAUUGCACUUAUGAUAUAUAACCAAAGGAAUCACGUAGACAGGACAGGCUCACCUUGUCAUGGGUCACUUGAUAGAGAUGCUAUCGGAACACGAGCCAUGUAUGCUCCUCGAAUUUCAGAUGAGCUUCGCCAACGCAUUAUGUCAAUGCUAUAUAUUGGUAUUUCUAUGGAUAACAUAAUGCAAAAUCAUAGCGAGGAAGUGGAGAAACAUGGGGGUCCUAGCAAUCGUGAUGAUCUUCUCACUAGGAAUGAUGUUCGGAACAUGGAGAGAGUUAUCCGACAAUCAACGUAUGAACUGGAUUCAAAUGAUCUAUUGAGUAUACGGACAUGGGUUCAACGGCAUCAGAAGUAUGUAUUUUUCUAUCAAGAUUCCUCUGUUAGCGAACCCUUUAUAUUGGGGAUUCAAACAGAAUGGCAAUUGCAGCAGAUGAUACGCUUUGGUCAUAAUAGUUAUAUAGCAGCUGACUCUACCUUUGGGACUAACAAGCUCAGGUGUCCAUUGUAUACUUUGUUGGUCUUUGAUGUACAUCAAAAUGCCCUUCCUGUUGCAUGGAUUAUAUCUCCUAGUUUUGCAAGCCAUAGUAUUCACAAGUGGAUGGGAGCAUUUUCUGAUAGAGCUCGCACCAAGGACCCCAAAUGGAAGCCUUAUGCAUUUAUGAUUGAUGAUGCAGCUACAGAUAUUUCUGUAGUUAGAGAUGUGUUUCAAUGUCGAAUUUUAUUAUGCCUAUGGCGCAUUCGUCGUGCAUGGCUAAAAAAUAUUAUAAAAAGAUGUAGCCACAUUGACGUGCAACGGGAGAUGUUUAAGCGCCUUGGAAGCAUAUUGUAUACAACACGGAAUGGACCCACUGCCAUGGAUGCUGUAGAGGAAUUUAUGCAAGUAUUUGUAGAUCAAAAUGCUUUCUUGGAGUACUUUAAGAUACAAUGGCUGCCAAAAAUAGAAAUAUGGGUCACUGCAAUGAGGACUCUGCCACUUGCAAAUCAGGAGAUGCAUGGGGCUAUUGAGGCAUACCAUGCUAGGUUGAAACCAAAAUUGCUGAAUGACUUGCAGAGUGAUGCAUGCCAGCGAGCGGAUUGGUUAGUGCAUACUCUAACUACUGAGGUGCAUUCUUAUUACUGGUUUGAACAGUAUGCUGAAGAAAGUGGAUCUUUCAGAACUAUAAGAGAUGAACUUAUUGUUCCCACUUCAUGGCAAAGGGCAAUACAGAUUCCAGAUGGAGAUGUUCUGCUAGAUGAAGAUGAUCUUCGCUAUGGUAAAGUUGUUUGCCAAAGUGAUCGUACACGAGCAUAUAUUGUGUGGAAUCCGGGCUCGGAGUUUGCAUUCUGUGAUUGCAAUUGGUCAAGGUUAGGAAACCUCUGUAAGCAUGUUAUAAAAGUUAACAUUAUUUGUCGCAAUCAUCACUUAGCCAGGCCCUCAUUGUCCCUCCAGACAUAUCGUCAGAUAAUGCUAAGCCUGUUGCAAAAUCCACCUGAUGAUCCUAUUGUUCUUGAUCAUGCAAUAGUACAUGCUACUCGCAUGCAACAUGAUCUUAAAGGAUUGACUGAUUUAUCAAAUCAGGGUCUACUUCAGCCUGUGCUUCAGGUAGAAGCACAUUGUCAUGGUUUACAGAAUCCCCAACCACAGGCAGUUCCAUCUGUUGACAGGAUUGCCAAGAGACAUAAAACUUCCAGCCCCAGAACAAAUGUGAACAAUGCUCUGAUAGACCUAGCAGGACAGAACAGCGUUGCUACUAAUGUUCACAGCAUGGUCAAUAGCCACAUGAGAGAUGUUGUGAUGUUUCUUGAAUCACAGCCAAUUGAAACUCGACGGACAAUGCAGGAUGAUUUGAAUGCAGCCGUCAACCUUGAUGACAGGCAGGAGAUGAAUGCAAUAGAUUGACCUUAUGCACGGUUGUGUCAGAAAGAUGAUGCCAAAGUAAAGUGCAUAAUCACAAAUCAAAAAUGCUAUAUUGCUGUUGCAGCUAACUCAAGAGUCUGGUUGCAGCUUAAUAUCCAAGUUUGCCGUUGCACCAAAAGUUCGACCUGUUAAUGCCCGAUACAAACACCAGAGAUAAUCAAGUCAUGGGAGGCAGUUAAGCCAUGUCGCAAAUCCCCCAGGACGGUGCUGAACUACCAAGGGGACAAAGGCACCAAACUUCCAACAAUCGCCCCCCAGCAUGAUUGAGGGAUUCGAACCCAUGACUUGGGCUUUGAUACCACUUGUUGGCCCAAGGUUUGUCGUUGCAGCAAAAGUUUGGCCUGUUAAUGCUCAAUAUAAAGUAAACACCAGAGAUAAACAAACCACAGGAGGCGGUUAAGCCAUGUUGCAAAUCCCCAAGGGCGGCUUUGAACAACCAAGGGGACAAAGGCACCAACCUUCGAACAGUAAUGAAUGGUGCCACAGGUGUUUUUGCUUUUACUUAUAUGAGUAUCAGGCUAAGCCAAGCUAGUUUGAGCUUUUGUUUCUGUUAUUUUUAUGUAGUUCUGAAAUUUCAUGAUUUAUAUGACGUAUUUGCCUCCCUGUGAGAAGCAAUUGAACUAGAUAGAUUAUGUCAUUUUGUUUUUCUGUAAUAGUAAGUUCUAAUAUUUAAACUUCCCAUGCAAUAUGCUAGAUGGUUCAAGCAAACUGUCAUGUCUAAGAACUGGAGCAAUAUUAGAUAUUUCACUGUUUAUAUUCUGUGAGUGACAAGAUGUCUCCUGUUUUUGUAGGUUAUGGAUGUUGUAUUGUGACUGUUGUUGAUGUUUGAUGGAUGACUUUAGUGACCCUUGAAUAUUAUUUGGAUGCCAUGCAUGUUAUUGAGGAAUCAGGCAACAAAAAUGUUGUCAACAGUGGGGCUACAAAAUAUGCACCCACUAAUGGAAUAAAGGAUUUCAUGACAUUCAAUAUAUUUAACAAGAUAUUAUAUGCAUUAUGCAGAAACCCACAACUGGAAUUGACUGUAUAAACAAUGGAAGAGUGCAGAUUUUGCAAAUAAUAACUUAUCUAAUACACAUUAAACUAUGAACAAAAAGAGGGCAUAAACACAAAGACAUGCAAACUCAGAAACUUAUCCUGAGAAAACCCUUUUGG